UCUACAUCAUGACCGAACAACUACAAUCAAUAAAAUUUGCUUCUAAUAUUUCACUGUAUUCAUCAUGGAGAUCAAGUUGCUCCUAUCGAGUUCGUAUUUAUUUAAAUUUAAAAAGCUUGAAUUAUAGAAUAAAGCCUGUCGACUUGAUUAAAUUAUCAUCUCUUAAUAAUGCUGAAGUUCAACUUCCAAGUCCAACGAAAUUUGUACCAGCAUUAGAAAUUGACGGACAUACUUUGUUUGAAUCGAUGGCGAUCAUGCAAUACAUUGAAGAAACACGCCCACACAAUCCUCUUCUUCCAAAUAAUCCCUUAAAACGAGCUCAAGUCAGAGCAAUUUGUGAUAUGAUCGUCUCUGGCAUUCAACCAUUACAAAAUACUGGCGUACUCAAUUACAUUGGAGAUUAUCUUGGUGAAAAGGAAAAGAAAUGGUCACAACAUUGGAUUAUUAAAGGUUUUGAUGCUGUAGAGAAAGUUUUGAGAGAAACUUCUGGAAAAUAUUGCGUGGGAGAUGAAAUAACAUUAGCAGAUUGUUGUUUAAUUCCACAAGUCUUUAAUGCAAGACGUUUUCAUGUUGAUUUAAAAUCUUAUCCAAUCAUUCUUCGCAUUGAUAGACAUUUGCAUAGUCAUCCAGCAUUUAGAAAAGCACAUCCCAUGAUGCAAGAUGAUUUCCCUUCUGAAAUGUUGACUGAUCCAAACUUCUUUAAAGCGAAACUUUAAUUAUUUUAUUAAUAUUC